CCGGGCCGGGCCAGCCCGAAUCCGGCCCCUGCCGUCUCGCCACUGCAGCUCGGGUCCAGAAAGGCACCAUUUUGUCGCGGCCGCCCGCUCUCCCAGGGGGAGGAGGGACCUUUUUUGCAUUUUGGAGCGGCUGCCAACGUGGGGAACCUGUUGGGCAUCUCCCCAGCCCCGCUUGUGAGCGCCUCCCGGGCGGCGGGCGGGCCCGGACCCCUCGGGGCACGGCGCAUCUUGGCACCCGGCGGCAGCGGAGCCGGGCGCAGCAUCCUCGCUGGGAAUUGGAGCUGGAGUGAGCGCACCGCGGGAGGAGCCGCCGCAGCCUCGGAGAUCCCGAGUGGAGGAGGUGACAGCUCCAUUGCCGGGUUUUUAUUUUUUUUCUCUCCGCCUCCCCGUCUCCUCCUCAGGCUCGGACCAUGGUGCAGUCCCACCGGCUCCCCUGCCCCCCUCUCCUGUGAGACUGGCUGCGGGGAGGGAUCAUGGAUACUUGUCUGCCGGCUUCUGGUUCCCACGCAAGUAAGCCUGCUGUCAAUGGAGGAGGACAUUGAUACCCGCAAAAUCAACAACAGUUUCCUGCGCGACCACAGCUAUGCGACCGAAGCUGACAUUAAUCUCUCGGUAGAAUUCAACCACACGGGAGAAUUACUAGCGACAGGGGACAAGGGGGGUCGGGUUGUAAUAUUUCAACGGAGCAGGAGGAGUAAAAAUCAGGUUCAUCGUAGGGGUGAAUACAGUUACAGCACAUUCCAGAGCCAUGAACCCGAGUUCGAUUACCUGAAGAGUUUAGAAAUAGAAGAAAAAAUCAAUAAAAUAAGAUGGCUCCCUCAGCAGAACGCAGCCUACUUCCUUCUGUCUACUAAUGGUACAUAAACUGUGAAGCUGUGGAAAGUCAGCGAGCGUGAUAAGAGGCCAGAAGGUUACAACCUGAAAGAUGAGGAGGGCCGGCUCCGGGAUCCUGCCACCAUCACAACCUUGCGGGUGCCUGUUCUGAGACCCAUGGACCUGAUGGUGGAGGCCACCCCGCGAAGAGUAUUCGCCAAUGCACACACGUAUCACAUCAACUCCAUAUCAGACAGCGACUAUGAAACCUACAUGUCAGCUGAUGACCUGAGGAUUAACCUUUGGAACUUUGUAACCAAUCAAAGUUUUAAUAUCGUCGACAUUAAGCCGGCCAACAUGGAGGAGCUCACAGAGGUGAUCACAGCAGCCGAGUUCCACCCCCAUCACUGCAACACCUUCGUGUACAGCAGCAGCAAAGGGACAAUCCGGCUGUGUGAUAUGAGGGCGUCGGCCUUGUGUGACAGGCACACCAAAUUUUUUGAAGAGCCCGAAGAUCCAAGCAACAGGUCGUUUUUCUCUGAAAUUAUCUCUUCGAUUUCGGAUGUGAAGUUCAGCCACAGUGGGAGGUAUAUCAUGACCAGAGACUAUCUGACCGUUAAAGUCUGGGAUCUCAACAUGGAAAACCGCCCCAUUGAAACUUACCAGGUGCAUGACUACCUCCGCAGCAAGUUGUGCUCCCUCUAUGAAAAUGACUGCAUUUUUGAUAAAUUUGAGUGUGUGUGGAAUGGGUCAGACAGCGUCAUCAUGACAGGCUCCUACAACAACUUCUUCAGGAUGUUCGACAGAAACACCAAGCGUGAUGUCACCCUUGAGGCCUCGAGGGAAAACAGCAAACCCCGGGCUAUUCUAAAACCGCGAAAAGUGUGCGUGGGGGGCAAGCGAAGAAAAGACGAGAUCAGCGUUGACAGUCUGGACUUUAGCAAAAAGAUCUUGCAUACAGCUUGGCAUCCUUCAGAAAAUAUUAUAGCAGUGGCGGCUACAAAUAACCUAUAUAUAUUCCAGGACAAGGUUAACUAGGAGGACAAGUUAUUACUUAAUAAUCUCACAUACUGAAUACUAGUCAAACAUGUUUUUAAAUGUUUCUUUUGGUCUUCAUUUGAUGCAUUGACAUUAAUUUCCCUAUGCAGAAAACAAUUGGAAUAGAAUUAAAAAGAGUCCAACUUUCCCAGAUCCCCAGUUCUAAGAGACUUUUGUCAAACCCAAUAGGUUGAGACACUUUGUUUAGAAUUGAGAGCUGCCAGCUAACACUAAUUCUCCAUAGUUGACUUGAAUUUCUGAUGCUUUUAUUGCCCGGUUUUCUCUGGUGGGUCCAGUGUUUUGUUCCUAGGUGUCUGCUGAGAUAAAAUGAGGUUGUCUGUAGUAUUUAAAGAGAAAAGAGAUAAGUUUUUUUUUAAUUAAGCAAUUCCAUUUGA